CACUUUAUUCUUUCCCACCAAAUUUAUAUCAUAAGCUUACCAAAACUCCAUGCAUUCUUCCCAUACUUUUACCAUUCUAUUUCUUUUUUUUCUUAACCUUUUUCAAUAAAAAAAAUAGAAAUAAUUCUGUAAGAACAAAUUUCAUACGCUUGAAACUUUCACAGCUGUGAACUGUUUAGCUUCCAUAAGUAGAAAGGAGUAAAAAUAGAAUAUAUACCCAACUUAUCAUACAAUACAAUUAUACAAGUUGUAAUUUUCUUAUAGUAUAUAAGAUGGUUUAUCUUCAAAAGUUUUGCAACUAUAAUGAUCAUCAAGAUCAUCAUCAUAUGAUCAGAAAUGUUGAUCAAGGGUUUCAAAGUAUGAUGAUAAUGAAGGAAGAUUUAAGGUUGAUUAAGAGAGUUAAAUCUAAGCUUUUCUCUCUUCUUUGCCUUUGUUUUUUGUCUUGCAGCUUUAUUUGGGUGUCUCAGAUUUUUGGGUUUCCAUUUUCUGUCUCAUACAUACUUCAAGCAGAGAAUGUUUCGUGUAAGAAUUCUGGUUCUCCUAUUGCUUCUUCAGUUUCUAAUGGAACAUUAUAUUGUGAUCGAACCCACGUCCGAACAGACAUAUGUUACAUGAAAGGAGACAUAAGAACACAAUCUUCCUCCUCAUUAAUCUUCUUAUACAACCCAACAACUAAUCAAGAUCAUCAAGAGGAAACAAUCAAGCCUUAUACUCGAAAAUGGGAGCAUAACGUGAUGAAUCGAAUCGACGAAUUACAUCUAAUCUCAAAACCCAAACCAUUAUCUAAAUUUGAUCACAAAUGUGAGGUUUUUCAUGAUGUUCCUGGUGUGUUCUUCUCAACAGGAGGUUAUACAGGCAAUGUAUACCAUGAAUUUAAUGAUGGUAUAAUCCCUUUAUACAUAACUACUCAACAUUACAACAAACAAGUCAUUUUUGUCAUCCUAGAAUACCAUUCUUGGUGGCACACAAAAUAUGCUCAAAUACUUGCACAACUUUCUAACUAUCCUCCUAUAAAUUUCGACUCGAAUUCUAAGACACAUUGCUUUAAAGAAGCGAUUGUUGGUUUAAAGAUACACGACGAGCUCACAAUCGAUUCAUCCCUUAUGGAACGUGGCUCGAGCAAAGCUAAAAGUAUCGUAGGGUUUCAAGAACUUUUGACUCGAGCAUAUACACCAAAUAAUGAGCGUGUUACAAGUCGUCACAAACUAAGACCAAAAGGCCCAAAAAUGGUCUUAUUGUCUCGAGGUGGAACAAGAUCUAUAACAAACGAACAUGCAUUGGUAAAAUUAGGUCACAAACUCGGGUUUGAUGUACAAAUAUUGAAGCCUAAUCGAAAAACAGAAUUAGGUACUAUAUACAAAGCGAUUAGUACUAGUGAUGUUAUGGUAGGAGUUCAUGGAGCAGCCAUGACACACUUCCUAUUCCUUGAGCCUAAGCGCGUUUUGAUACAAGUUAUUCCCCUAGGGACGGAAUGGGCAUCCGAGACUUAUUAUGGUGAACCCGCGAAAAAAAUGGGAUUGAAGUACAUUGGAUACAAAAUUCAUCCUAGGGAGAGUUCAUUGUAUAGCAAGUAUGAUAAAGAUGAUCUUGUUUUGAGAGAUCCAAAUAGUGUGAAUAAUAAGGGGUGGGAGUAUACUAAGAAGGUUUAUUUAGAUGAUCAAAAAGUGACCUUAGAUCUUAAGAGAUUUAAGAAGUUGUUAGUUCAUGUUUAUGAGGAUUACUUGGAACAAUUUGAAGAUUUAAACAAACAUUAGGGUCUUAAAUUUUGAUUACUUACCCUUAAUUCAUUUUUUCUUUAAGUAAUUUGAUUUGUAAAUCCAUAUUACUAUGUAUCAUACAUUAGAAAUCUACUUGGUGCAUAAGAUUAAGGAAUUAGUUAAUGGCAUCUCCCUCAUCAUUUUUGUUAUCAUUGAAUGAUUUAUAUAUAUCUUCUUAUCAAGUAACGGAUCUUCCCAUGUCCCACCAUAAAAUAUACAUCAUAUUGAAUUCUGUAAGAAAAAAAUAUAAUUUUUUUUUUACCUAAUUAUCAGUUAGUCCUCCCACUUUUAUUAUUAUAAGAAAUUUCAUUUAGAUUUUGAGUCACAAAAGACAAUAUAUAGUAACUUAUCAUAUAUCUAAACUUGUCUUGAAU